AUGAAGCAUUCUGAAAUCCGUGUUGGUAAUUCUAAGAAAGCGAAUCUGAAACGUCGCAAGGAGAAAGAUGAAGGAGAGGCAAAAAAUGCUGGUGUUGUUGUUGUGCCAGAAAAACGUGGCCGAACUGUAGAAAUAGAUGAGGAUUUGCUGGAUCGUGAAGAGUCACCGUCUGUACGUAAGUGGGAUGGUCAGAUUCAAUUAGACGAAGAUGAUUCCACAGAU